AUGGAGGAGGAGGCCGCGCGGACGUACGCGGAGGAGGACGCGCCGGAGACGAAGACGCACGACUUCAACGCCGCGUUCGAGGCGACGACGUGCGCCGCGAGCUUCGUGGAGCACGAUCUCGCGGGCGCGAAGAUCGGCGCGCGCGUGAUGUACACGCAGGACAUGACGCCGAUACCGCCGGAGGCGUGCGAUAACGACUUCCGCGCGGAGGCGGGGUACUGCGACAAGUCGCAGAUCGACGCGAUUCGAUCGAAGCGCGCGCCGGGGGGCGGCGGGCACGCGUACGUGCCGUCGUUGCCGCACUCCAUCUACGCGCAAAAGCACGAGAAGGGCGCGUACCCAAACGAUAACUUUUUCGGGACGAGGGACUGGACGGGAGCGCACGGGAACCCGUUCACGCGGAACGCGGAGUACAGCAAGGACAUCCGAGACGUCACGAAGAAGCAGAUGUACGUCGACUGAUCUGAUGGACGGCGCGAGCGAGCGACGGCGCGUAUACGUACGAUACGCGCGACGCGAUCCCUAAAAAAUUGAAACAUACCGAAGGUACUACAUAU